AUGUAUGCCUUUUUUUUGAUCAGGGCUGUCCGGCCACCAGGGGGUGCGAUAACCCCACCACACACUCCUCGUAAGCCAAAGACUUCAAAAACAAGCCGUCGUGAGGGCGAUACCAUUAAGAAGACUGAGUUGUUCAAGGCAGUGGAUUCUCGAGGCCUUAAGCCACUAAGAUUAGUGUAUCAGAAGGAGAAGAUUAAACCCUCUACAGCAGAACUUUGGCUUAGACAACGGCGUCAAAUCGUUCUAGAGGUAGCCUAUCGAAGGACUGGUGCAUUUCGUAUGGGACGACCACUCAAAAUACCGGACGAAAAGCUUACAGAAAUACUGGAUUCGAAGAACAAUGCUCGUGACGAAGGCUAUGAACGAUAA